AUAUACACACACACACACAGAGAGAGAGAGAGAGUGGGUGGAUAGGAUACAAAAUGUUUUUGACUAUCUAAAAAAGUGACAGAAGUUGCAGCUGACAGCAGCAAAGAGCAAGGUAAUGGAGCCACAAGAGAUCAGAGAGGGAUACUUGGUGAAAAAGGGUACAGUGCUAAACUCCUGGAAGGCAGUGUGGGUGGUGCUGUCAGAAGAUGGGGUGGAAUUCUAUAAAAAGAAAACAGAUCGUUCUCCGAAAGGAAUGAUUCCACUAAAGGGAGCCACACUCAUCAGUCCUUGCCAGGAUUUUGGCAAGAGGACGUUGGUUUUCAAGAUUACGUCGGAUAAGAAGCAGGAUCACUUCUUCCAAGCCUCACAUGUGGAGGAAAGAGAGUUUUGGGUCAAGGACAUCAAGAGAGCGAUCACGUGCUUACAGGGCGGGAAAAAGUUUGCCAGGAAGUCCACAAGACGCUCCAUCCGCCUGCCUGACGCAGUCAACCUGACUGAGCUGUACACACUGAUGAAAGACCAAGAUGAUGGAGUGAGAGAGUUAAAACUAGAGCAAGAGAAUCGAGUCUUUAACCACUGCUUUACAGGUGCAACGGUGGUAGAGUGGCUGGUUUCAAAGGGAAAAGCGAGAAAUAAGUCUGAGGCUGUCAUGUUAGCAACAGGGCUCCUGAGUGAGGGUUUUCUCCAGCCUGCGGGUGACAUGUCAAAAGAGGGAGCAGAGAGUGGAAACCAAGCCUUCUUAGAUCAUACAAAUGCUCUGUAUUACUUUGCAGACAGUGGGUUCUUCUGCGAAGGCUACUCCAGUGAUGAAGAUGUGCUUCUGAAGGAAGAAUUCAGAGGAAACAUCGUAAAACAGGGCUGCUUACUUAAACAGGGACAUAAGAGAAAAAACUGGAAGGUGCGAAAGUUCAUCCUGAGGGAUGACCCUGCUUAUAUGCAUUACUAUGAGCCCUCAAAGGGUGAUGACCCUCUGGGUUCCAUCCAUCUCCGUGGGUCUGUGGUUACAGCUGUGGAGUUUGUGCCAGAUGCCAAAAAAUAUGAGGUUGAAGGAAACCUCUUUGAGAUCAUAACCUCAGAUGACACUCACUACUUUUUCCAAGCUGCAACAGCCGACGAAAGAAAGGAGUGGAUCAAAGCAAUACAGGCAGUGUCAAAAACUGGAAAAUAACAGGAGCAGUGAAGCAGCUGUGCAGUAUAUACCAGCCAUAUUGUAAAAUCACAUGUUUGAAAUGUGUAUAAUUACAUUUAACAAUGUGUUAGCUAAGCAUAACUGAAUUACUGGCAAGUUCCACUCCUCUUUACACUAUCAAACUAAUGUGCCAAUGUUUUUGUGCAAAAACAAACUAAUCAAAGAAAAAAAUAAAGUUAUAUUGUCUAAAUGUAUCAGUAUAUUUAAUCACUAAUGUCUGAAUAGACUUUUGUAUGCAAAUACAAUAUUGUGAUAUGUGGCAAUAUAUGAUUAAAUUGGUAGCCCUUCAGAUUUCAGCUCAGUAAUACAAAUAUAAUAAUGGGUUAUAGUUUGAACAACAGGUAAUAACAUAGUAAUUACACAGGCAAUACUUGUAAUAACACUGAUGAUAUCUUGGUAGUAAUAGGGUUUAUUUUCAAUAAUAAGGAAAUAUUAUUAAAGCAUGAAAAACAUGAGGGUAAUACAGUGACAAUAAUUUCAUAAUAAGUAAAAAUGUGGUAGUAUCACUGUGUAUAAAAUUUUUUCACAGGUGGAAGUAGUAAUAGGAAAAAUAGUAAUAUUAAUAUUAUUACUAACACCAAUUAGUUACAAUUAUAGUAAUUAUAGUGUAAUUUUUUUUUAUUACCUUUGUCUUUACCAAAUAUUACAGAAAUGAUUAUUGACACAAGCGUUAUUAUCUGUAUAAUUACAUUGUUAUUAAUGCAGUAAUGGCCUGCUGUUCUCAUGAGUGCUACUUUUAUAUCUUUUCGUGGCUGUAAGAACUCAUUCCACUAUUUAAAACACAGCGCAUUAUAUAACUGUUGUAUCUGUAAAUACAUAGUUUACGCAA